AUGGAAGCACUGCUCGGUGGGCAGUGUAACCCCGUCGUCGCGCUCGAAAGAGGGAGUGCUCGAGAGGCGCGGAGGCGAGUUGCAGGAGGAGGGCUCCUGCGCACGUUCCAGCCCGGGCGCGGCAGCCCCGGCGACGCGCCAGCGACAGAAGGGAGCAGCAGGAUGGGCAACGUGCCGCGCAAGCCGGCCGGGCGGCAGUCGCUCGCCGGGCAGGCGUCGGCCACCAAUGGCAGCGGGCAGGGACCUAUGCGCGCUCCUGCGGGCUUGGACCGCUCCGAAACGACCUCGCAGAACAUCAUCCGCGUCUUUAGUUCCCAAGUGGGCAACGGAGAGAAAUCCCAGCCCGGGUUCGACAUUGACAUCACAAAGGAGAACUUCGCCCCCAUGCUGGACGAGUUCCGGCGCGCCCUGGCCGAGCCCGGCGCGCUGUUCUGCGCGUUCGACCUCGAGAUGUCCGGGCUGAUGGCCGACGGCGCGCACGGCAAGCUGGACUCGCUCGAGGAGCGCUACAUGGCCAUGCGCGGCGACGUGCAGCAGUUCCUCACCACGCAGUUCGGCGCGUGCGUCGUCUCGCAGGACGGGUCGCGGCUCGUCGCCAAGUCCUUCAACUUCAACGUCUUCCCGCGGUCAGGCACCCAGAAGGGCCCGCGGAAGUUCCUCUGCGACGCUGGUGCCCUUGAGUUCCUAGCGAACAACCACUUCGACUUCAGCAAGUGGGUCCACCGCGGGAUCUCCUUCGGGACCCUCGCGGACAGAGACGAGGCCCUCAAGCGCCCGUACGUGUCGCCCUUCUCCCGCGAGGGCGUGACCGACAUGCACCUGCGAGACGACCUGAAGGCGUUCGUGGAGGAACUGCGCGACAAGGUCCGCGAGUGGCUCGCGGGCGCCGAGCCGGAGUACCUCACCGAGCCACUCAAUGGCUUCUUCCGGAAAAUUGUUUGGCAGGAGCUGACUAAGGAUCACAGCGAAACUCUGGGCACAGAGUACCACCCGGCCUUCAUCAUCGAAACGGUGCCCUCGGACAACUGGCGGGCGCCGAUGCGGUUUCUCCGCGCCACGCCGGCGGAGGUCGCCGCGCACGAGGCCGCGAAGGAGCGCGAGUGGUUCGACGGGAUCCACGCCAAGGCGGGCUUCUCGUGCGUCCUCGAGCUCAUCCGGGACUCGAACCUCCCCGUCGUCGGCCACAACAUGCUGUUCGACCUCAUGUUCGUCAUGAACGACUUCGUGCAGUCGCCGCUGCCGCCCUCGUGGGCCGGGUUCCGGCAGCUCACGCAGGAGUACUUUCCCGCGGGGGUGUACGACACCAAGUACUUGGCCAAGAACGACCUGUUCGAUGUGUUCGGGUACGACAGCGGGCUGGCGGACGCGUAUGCGACGGCGGUGGGGGCGGCGCGGGAGGAGGAGACGGAGCGGUGGUUCCACGCCGCGGAGCACGGAUGGGCGCCCGGCGCGGGCGAGCAGGACGGCGAGGCGCGCCAGGCGGAGCCGGUGACGUGGCGGCGGCCCAAGGUGGAGCACGGGAAGGCGUACAAGAGGUACCAGGACCUGGAGGGCGGGGCGCUGGCGCACGAGGCCGGGUACGACGCGUACAUGACCGCGGUGGUGUUUGCGUUCAGUUUGCGGCUGCUGGAUGCCAAGCGCACGGGGCAGGGCACGAAGGCGGCAACCAAGACGAUGGGGGGGAUGCUGGGGGGCACGGGUGCGGCGCGGGAGGUCAAGGGGCGCGUGGCGGUCGUGGGGACGGACUACCCGUGCUUCGCGGUGUCGGGGGAGCAGCCGCCGGUGGACCGGUCACACGUGGUGGUGGUGUACGACAACGGCGGGCAGGUCAACUCGAAGGACGUGAUGCCGACGGUGCACGGGCUCAAGGUCGGGCGCGUGUUCCCGACGGCGCGGAAGGACGGCACGGCGCUGUAUUUGUCGCUGGCGCCAGGAGAGGACCUCGCGCCCGAGACGUUCUACCAGAAGGUCCGCGGCGCGUCCUUCUCGGCCCUGACGCCCUCCCACGAGGUCCUGACGUGGACAGAGUUCGAGAGUCGAGUCCUGGCCCCGCGCCUGAGCGCACAGGCCGCGGGCCUGACGUACACCCCGCCCACGCCGUCCGUCAUGGCCGACCUCGGCGCCACCGCGCGCGCGGAGGUCGCCGCGGCCGCGGCGCGCGCGGCGGCGGCCGCGAAAGCGCUGUCUUCGUCGCAACACGAGGGCAAGCAGGCAACGGAGCGGAGGCCGUCGCCGUCGACGCACGUGACGCUGCCGGGCACGCCGGACCCGGGCGAGGCGCCGCCGCCGCCGGUCGAGGAGCUCCGGCGCCCCACGCGCCGCAAGCGGCCGCCGACCCAAGAUGGGGGGGACUAG